ACAUACAUACACACCGCAGACGCUGUACAACGAAACGAACGACGACGACGACGACGUGAUUUCCCUCGCGCGUUCGCUCGCUCGCUUUCAUCUCAAAUCCCAAUACGCAGGAGAAUCAAUUUAUAGCAUCUCCCCAUCUAUCCAUCGUACCGCGAUGCGAGCGAGCGAGCGAGGCUGAAUCUCUCGCUCAUGAACUCUCCCCUCUCUGCAUCCUACAUACAUACAUACAUACAUACAUACAUACAUACAUACAUACAUACAUACAUACAUACAUACAUACAUGCAUCCGUACAUCCAUACACCCAUACGUAUGGUAACUAUAACAAUGGUUCGAUACCUACGUCCAAUCUCCGUCGUCGUGGGUAUCGCGAACCAACCAACGAACCCAGAAAGGAUACACCUUCGAACCCAUGUCAUGUAAUCCAAUUUGGGGCCAUGAUCAUCCUUUCUCACCUUAACACCCAGCCAUACCAAUACGUCCCUCCAUCCCUACGUUCUACACACAAACUCACAAAUGCAGUCUCAGGGCGAAGUUCGAACCCACGGGGCCCGGGGCGUAAGUACCUGUAAACGUUUCGGACUACAUGAUUGAUUGCCACAGCCGUCCGUCGUCGUCGUUGUCGUCAUGCAGGGCUGCAUGAUGGAUGGACGUGUGGUU